GUCGGCGACAAUCCCUCUACCACCGCGCCUAUCAACCUCCCGCGGUCCAACAUGGUUCUCAAGCUCAGACUCGCCCGCUUUGGGCGCACCAAUGCCCCCUUCUACAACAUUGUCGUUGCCCACGCCAGAACCGCGCGCAACAGCAAGCCUCUCGAGGUCAUUGGCACAUACGACCCCGUUCCCAAGAAGGACACGUACGACACCACAGGGAAGCUGCACAAGGACAUCAAGCUGGACGUCACGAGGGCCAAGUACUGGAUAGGUGUGGGAGCUCAGCCGACCGACACGGUUUGGAGGUUAUUGUCCUAUGUUGGCAUCCUAGAUCCCAAGUACAAGAAGCCGCAACCGGUGCAGGGGCAAAAGACCAAGGCUUGAGCGAGCGAGAAUUGCAUCUUUUCGAUUAUUCCAUACGUACCACCGGACAAAACCCGGGUCGUCUCGCAUACCGAUCAUCUGACACCACCAUCCACUUACACCAUGUACUACAAACCGGCAUUUUCUUCCAUCCAGGCGUUCUCUGUUCUGUUCUCUACACUAUCUAGGGGUUUUCCAAAACGGGGUUGCUGUUGCUGUACGAUACCUAUAGCUCGAUAUAUAUAUAAGACGCAAAGUAUAC